CGGCUGGCUUCGUGUCCUUAGUCUCGAUGAUCCGCACCUCUGUUAAGUCGCCGACACAGCUCAGCUCAGCCUGCUUCUGCCUCUGCCUCUGCAGUCAUCACUUGUCAUCAUCCCCCGCAGCACCUGUCUGCGCCUUCCAGAUUCGGCAAAACCAACCAACCAAUACCAUCGAAUCGCGAUUCCCCGCCACAACACCACCUCACCAUCAAGACCAAAGAAUGGCAACCACCACGCAACGACACAGCAGAACACCUACUCUAGAGAAACAAGAAGAAGAAAGACCACCACAAAACGACGAAACUACAACAAAAGAGGAACCAAAAAAAAAGAACAAAAAGAAAACCAGGAAAAAAACUGAAACUCAAAACCCCUUCCACGGCAGGAGGAGGACAGUUUCGAGAAGAAAAAAAAAGUGGGAUUGCCCGGAAUCGAACCGGGGUCCUCUCGGAUCGUUGUGUUUGUCACAAAGGAACUGGAACCACAACGAGAAGUACUGACCACUAUACUACAAUCCCGCGGAACUUGUUGACAUGCUCUCCAAAUGCUGCACCUAUAUUCUGCCUGGCAUGUCCC